AAUUAAGCCACCAAAGCAAGCGCAGGCUGCAGGAGCAUCAAGAGUAUUCUUAGCAUUAGAAUUGUUAUAUUAUUGGUGCGGCUUUGUAGCCCCGACGGGGCGGGGCGUCCUCAUCGCAGUGCAACCCAGUGGGCUGCCAAGAGGAGCGCGCUUUCUCCUAUUGCAUGCGUGCCAGAAAAGGGUGGAGGGUCGCAAGGGGCGGCGGCCUUCUUUCUCUCCCCCCCCCCACACUUUUUACCUCGCAACACAAAAGGCCUGCCCCCUUCCCUGCUGCCUGCAUUUAGCUAGAGGGAAGAACGGAGGGUGGGGGGGGGGAGAUCGCCCCUCUCCUCCGGUUCUUCCUCGACGCGCAGAGAGGGAAUCGUGGCUUGCUUCUCCGCGCGCAUGCAGUGAGAGGAAGGGUGGGUGGGAGAGAUGGGAUCCUGAGCCUCUCCCACCCAGCGCCGCAGCCUGAGGGUUGAUGGCUUCACCCGUCGGGAAAAGAGGGAGCAGCAGCAGCGCCCCAGCCAUCGUGCCUGCUGCAACCGAGCUAUGCCGAGACCCGUUGACUGCGGCGAUGAGCAGCUCCAAGCGGAGGGAUCCCGACGGCGAUCCAGCCGUUCGUCGCUGAAGCGGACCUGCCCGGCGCCCCCAGCGCCGCUCUCCAUCUCCUGGGCAGACGGGCCACUGGGGCGAGGGGAGAGGAAGAGAACUCCUCCUUCCCUGGCUGCAUUCACCUUGCCAGGGUAAAGGGUGGUGGGAGAAGAGGCGGCGACACAUCCUACCCCACCCACCCGGUUGCCAGCUGGGGAGGCGAAGGACCAAAGGCUCCAUGGCGCCCCUUCCAUGCUAUGAUCCCAAGGUGGGGAGCCCGACAGAGACAGUUUCCCACCCCUCUUGCAGGCCUCGUUGAUCUCGCAGGAGCAGGGUUAGGCGUGGAACGUGUUCGUUCUGUGCCGUGAAAUGGUUGCUGCUGUUAGGUGGAGCACCGACUCCUACAUAUCAGUGUUGACAGCUCAUAAGUACCGAAGAAGCUGACUUCUUUUGUUUCCCUUGCCAAGAUGCCCAGCGAGAGCCUCCAAAGUAGCAGUGGGGUGGCGGAGGAGCCUGCCGUAAGGGAGGGUAAGGGUGGGGCACAGAGCCCUCACUGCAACUCCUUGCGCAGGGCUGUAGCUACUGCAGUGACCUUCGAUGGAGAAGCCACCACCGAGAGGCGGAAGAAGAGGAAGAAGGAGUCCCGCCCAGAAUCGAUCAUCGUCUACCGAUCGGGGAACGAGAACAAGGUGGAUGAAGAACAGGUGGAGGAGGAUGGGGGCGAGAGAAGCUCAGAGGAAGGUUCCAAGUUCUUGGGACACUCUGCCGAUGGUUCUUGGGCCAUGCCAUUAGAUAGCAGAUACGUUACUUUAACUGGCACCAUCACAAGAGGAAAGAAGAAAGGCCAGAUGGUGGACAUUCAUGUUACACUCACUGACAAGGAGCUGCAAGAACUGGCCAGGUCGAAAGAGCCUCCCAAAACGGACAUCCCUGAAGGGAAAAAAACUUGUGAAGUUGGGCUUUCUAAAGGCCCCCAUGUCCUUCUCUGGAGCCUCACCUGUCUCCCCGUCAUCUUCAUCAUGUCCUUUGUGGUGUCCUUUUACUAUGGCACCAUUGCUUGGUACAAUGUCUUCCUGGUCUACAACGAAGAGAGGACCUUCUGGCACAAGAUCACCUUCUGCCCUUUCCUAAUUAUCUUCUACCCCAUCAUCAUCAUGGUGGUGUCCUUCUCUUUGGGCCUCUACACAGCAGUGACACAGAUCUCGUGGGCCUUUGGGGAUUGGUGGCAUGCCGUGAGGGAUAUGGAGAAAGGAUUCUGUGGCUGGCUGUGUAGCAAGAUGGGCCUGGAAGACUGUUCCCCGUACAGCAUUGUUGAGCUACUAGAUUCUGACAAUGUCUCCGGGAGCUUGUCAGCCAAAGGCUCAGCCCAAGGUGAAGAGAUUUCAGCUGUCUGAGCCUUUGCUUUAAGUGUCUCUAACUUUUCAUGUUCACUUGCAUUGCAAAUGUACUUCGGGAGGCAUGCACGUACAGGGAAUAAAGCCAAUUUAAACAUUUGGGGUGGGGCAUGGGGAGAAAAGGGGGACAGUCCUUCCUAGAGGGUACCACUUCAAAACCAAGGGGUGAUUACAAGUUUUAAUACAUUCCCCACCCUGCCCCCAUCAAAAUCAUCUUCUUUUGAAAAGCUAAAGUGUUCAAGGAAAGUUCCAGCCUAGCUGUGUUUUUGAUUUCCUAUUAUGUCUGACCUACCCAGACCCAGUUUACACCACUCCAGGCUACAGAUGAAGGGUCGCCUGUUUGAAUACAUUAAAUGUCUUCCUGUACAUUCAAAAGCAGCACAUAACUGAGAAGAGUAAACUCUUCUGACAUGUC